AUUGGCCCAAGCCGAAGGAAAAGUGCCAAUGAGCCAAACUUGCUGGGGAUGUUUUUUUUCUCUGGGUCACAGCUAUUCCUGAUAAUGCGGUACAUGUAUGGAAAUGGCAUGGAAUGCAAGAGGGGAGGGAUGAAGGGGCUGAAAAGCCCAAGUGCAAGGGAAGGAGGUGAGAGAAGGGAGGGAGAGGCACGUUGAGGCAGUUGUGCUCCUCCAGCCUCCUCUGCCCAAAAUGCAAGCCCUCUGGGUGGCUGUCGUUGCCCUCCUCUGCCAGGCAGCCUGGUCCCCUCUGGUCGGUGGAGACCCCCAAACGGCCAGCCCCAAAACCCGGCACAAGAAGCCCGGCAGCACCUUGGCCCCUUCCAGCCAAGGGACGGCUCAGCCCAAAGUGGCCUCCACCAUCACCACUUCCAGGACCAAGCAGGUGAAGGGCACUGCCAGCCCCAGGACCAGCUCCCCGGGUAAUUUCAGGACCACCACAGUGGCAUCCUAUGGCCGGAAGGGCCUGGAACAGCCCCCCACCACCACCAGCGCCAAGAAGAUGCCGCUCUCCACGCCAAGGCCAACGGACAACAAAGCUCCGAAAAAAUCUGUCCGAGUUAAAGUCAUCAAGAAAAAAGUCGUGAAGAAGAAAACCAAGCUGUCCCUCCAGGAAAGAAUGGCCAAAGAGGCAUCAAAAUGUCCUCCACUUGGACUGGAGUCUCUGAGGGUCCGGGACUCACAGCUGCGCUCCUCCAGCUUCAAGCGAGAGGGACUCGGUCCCCAUCGUGGACGCCUCAACAUCCAGUCUGGCAUCCAUGACGACGAUUUGUAUGAUGGAGGCUGGUGCGCUGGACACAAGGACAAGAAGCAAUGGUUGGAGAUCGACGCCAGGCGACUAACACGCUUCACUGGCAUCAUCACACAAGGGCUAAACUCCAUCUGGACGUAUAGCUGGGUAACAUCAUACAAGGUACAAUUCAGCAAUGACACCCAUCGCUGGCUGCCUUGCAAGAACGGGAGCGAAGAGGCGGUAUUCCCUGGAAAUAAGGACCCGGAGACUCCAGUCCUCAACCCGUUCCCCGUCCCAGUGGUGGCUCGAUACCUUCGCAUCAACCCUCAAACCUGGUUUGAGAACGGGACCAUCUGCCUAAGGAUGGAGGUCCUGGGUUGCACCGUGCCAGACCCAAACAACAUCUAUCUGUGGGAUGACUUGCCGGUGACCAACGAUAAACUGGAUUUUAGACAUCACAACUACAAAGACAUGAGGAAGCUGAUGAAGAAAGUGAACGACGCGUGUCCCAACAUCACACGCGUGUACAGCAUUGGGAAGAGCUACCAGGGCCUGAAAAUGUACGUCAUGGAGAUUUCAGAUAACCCCGGGCACCACGAAGUCGGGGAGCCGGAGUUUCGCUACGUGGCCGGCAUGCAUGGGAACGAGGUCCUGGGCCGGGAGCUGGUGCUCAAUCUUAUGGAGUACCUCUGCCACGAAUACAAGAAGGGCAACCCUCGCAUCCGGAGGCUGGUCACUGAGACCCGGAUCCACCUUUUGCCUUCCAUGAACCCGGAUGGAUAUGAAACUGCCUACAAGCUGGGUUCUGAGCUCUCUGGCUGGGCCAUGGGCCGGUGGACGUACGAAGGCUUUGACCUCAACCACAACUUUGCUGACCUCAACACCGCCUUGUGGGACGCGGAGGACAACGACAUGGUGCCCCACGAGUUCCCCAACCACUACAUCCCCAUCCCAGAAUCCUACACGUUUCCGAAUGCCACGGUUGCCCCAGAAACCCGGGCAGUCAUAAGCUGGAUGCAGCGCUACCCGUUCAUGCUGAGUGCCAACCUGCACGGCGGAGAGUUGGUGGUGACGUACCCCUUCGAUAUGACGCGCACCUACUGGAAGGCUCAGGAGCUCACGCCCACGGCUGACGACGCCGUCUUCCGCUGGCUGGCCACCGUAUAUGCCACCUCCAACCUGGCCAUGGUGGAAGAUGACCGGCGGCUCUGCCAUUACGAGGACUUCAUGAGGGAAGGCAACAUCAUCAACGGGGCCAACUGGCACACCGUCCCUGGAAGUAUGAACGACUUCAGCUACCUUCACACAAACUGCUUCGAGAUCACAAUCGAAUUAUCUUGCGACAAGUUUCCCCAUGAGUCAGAGCUGCCCCAGGAAUGGGAAAACAACAAGGAAUCCUUACUGUUGUACAUGGAGCAGACUCGCAGGGGCAUUAAGGGAAUAGUCCGGGACAAAGACACCGAAGAAGGCAUUGCGGAUGCCAUCAUUUCAGUGGAUGGCAUCAACCAUGACAUCAGGACAGCUUUUGAUGGUGACUACUGGCGCCUGCUGAACCCCGGGGAGUACGAGGUGACGGCCGCGGCCGAGGGCUACCACUCGGUGACCCGCAGUUGCCGCGUCUCUUACGAAGACCACCCCACCGUCUGCGACUUCCGCCUGACCAAGACGCCCAAGCAGCGCCUGCGGGAGAUCCUCUCCAAAGGCGGGAAGGUCCCCAAGGACUUGGUCUUGCGCCUCCGCCAGCUGCGGCUGCGCAAGCUGCGCUCCCAGAAGCGGGACCAGUGAGGAAGAAGAGGGCCUCUGGAAUCCAGAACUGACCCUCUCCAGAAUCAUUCCAGGACCAGAAACACACACGUGCCGUUCGAAGCCACCAUCACUUAUCCCAGCAGCAACUUCUUUCCUCAUCCUGAGCAGACGUGAUCAACAAAUAACCAUGUGCAAUUUCUGCAUUUGGGGAAAACCAACCCUGGUGAUUGUGUACGAGGUGAUCUGUGUUUUCUCCAUCUUUGCCCCUUUUCCCAGGCAAUUGUCAAGUUCUGGUAUAAGCUGGUGGGUACUGGAAGGCUUCAUUUCGUAGAAUGGAGAUACAGCUGGCCUGGGCUCCAAGGGGAAGGAAACAAUCUGUGGCCAAAUCCUCAUUUAUUUUUCACUCAAAGAUGAAUAGAUGGCAUGAAGUGGUGACAAAGAACUGUGCAAGUACAAUGUUCACUUGCACAGCACAAGUAGAAUGCUCACUUGCACAGUGAAAUAAUGUUCGCUUGCAUCGUGCAAGUAGAAUAUUUGCUUGCUGAAUGUUAAACAAUGGUCCCUUUCCCUUUAAGAGUGGCCCUAAGUAAGUGCUUUUCAGGUAUGGUUUCACAGUGUGUGAGAGUUAAAUCGAAACUCAUUCACCUCUCUAUCUCAAUUCCUCUCCGUAGGUGAUCUAGCGAUUUAGUCGCACGAACAUAAAUCCACACUCAGCUGUCAGCCAACGGUUCUUAACUUUUAUUGCAGUAAUUACAUCUAUAUACAAAGCACAGCUGGAGAAGUCCAUCUACAUGUCCAACGAAGAACAUUAUCUAUAAACUUGUCAAUGCCCACAUUCCACAAUAGUGACAUAUCCGGCAACGUUUGCGGAAACGACACAGUGUCACUCUAGCAAUUAAUCUUUCUCUAUGCAUUUAACCACUGCUCUACUGGAAUGCUGCACACACUAGCUUUAAACCACAAAUGAAAAUUUCACAUCACACAAACCAUCACUCCAACAUGGUUUUCUUCUUUGUUAAGUUAGGAAAAGCCACAUCCACCCAUGAAACUCCUAACGGGGAAGGAAUUAUCUUGAGAACUAAGAGCACUAAUAGGAAAGACGGAAACCCCAUAAAAUCCUCGCUUAAGGAAAUUCUUAUUUCCAAAUACAGUGGAUUUCCCUAGUCCUCUCUGUGACGAAAAGUCAGAAGGAAUGGAUAAAGAUCAUCCAGUCCAACCCCAUUUGACCAAACAGGAAUACACCAUCUAAGCAUUCCUGACCAAGCACAAAUGACAUAAUUGCACAUUCUUAAUUCAGGAAAUCUGAUGUCUAGAAAGAUGUGAGUCUCCCUUUGCAAAAUUAAGCUUACGCCCAUCAAAUUCCCUUUGGAUUAUAUUAAAUUGCGGUUCUCAGCAGCCUUGAACAAGUAUGUACUUUGCAUCGCUGGAAAAGUUUUGAAUCAGACCCCAUGAAGCCUAAGAAGAGAUUGAACUCUAUGCUACUGCACCUUUCUGCUAAAACCAAGAUAGUGGCAUCCCAUUCCAAAAGUGGCAUCUACACUGUAGAAAUAAUGCAGUUUGAUACCACUUUUAAAUGUCAUGGCUCUAUACUACGGAAUCCUGGGAGUCGUACUGUUACAAGAUCAAGUUUGGUGCUUCCCCAAACUACAACUCCCAGAAUGCCGUAUCAUUGAGCCAUGGUAGUUGGAAGUGGUAUCAAACUGCAUGAAUUCGACAGUGUGGAUGCGGCCAAAAUGUUGGAAGCUUAUGGUUGAGUGUAAACCAUGCUUUCUGCAUAUUCUCCCCAGUACAUUGUAUACAUCUUCUGUAUCAUAUCCUUCAAUACAAGCAAGAGCGGUGGUGGUUGUGGUGGUGAUGGGAAUCAAGAGCUUGGAAAGGUUACUUAUCCAGCUCUGGAUCAUGGACUUGCAUGGAAACCAAUGGCAUCUCCCAUCUGCUGGGCAGGUUCUGAUUGGAAGGUGCCGUGGAUCAAAAGCCUUAGGACAAGAGGAAGAUGCAACUGUUUUUGUAAAUAAAUUUAAAUGCUGGCAUUGCGGUGCCCUUGCUAGCCAAGGGGCAUUUAGACUGAGUCUUUCAGAAUAAAAAUUGUUUGAUAUUUAACCUUCUAAAACA